AUGUCUUCAGACGACCAAGCAUUCCUCGAUGUGCUCUCCUCAGUCCCCAACGACAUCAAACGCUACUCCUCCAACGUCGCCGACUAUGUAGAUCAACAGCUCAACCACGUUUCCAACGCCAUCCGCGAACUAGCCGCCAGCCUCCCAGAUCCCACGCGCUCAAAGCCGCCUCCGCCGCCUCCAAAACCCUUGCUCGCCCCAGCUUCAACCCUCUCCAGCAUCCAGAGCUGGGUACUGCGCAAUAGGCUCCUUACCACCGUGCUAGUAAUAGUAGCCGGAGGUGCAACAUACUAUGUUAUCAAGGGAAGCACCAGUCGGCGCAAGAAGCGUCGCGCGAAGCGCGCUGGCACCGGUGCGAGAUUGGAGGUAGUGGUGCUUGCUGGCUCGCCAUCUGAGCCUAUGACCCGCUCUAUUGCGCUGGAUUUGGAAAGAAGGGGCUUCAUUGUGUAUAUUGUGUGUAAUACGAUUGAGGAGGAGGUAUUGGUUCAAAAUGAGAGUAGGCCGGACAUCAAGCCGUUGAUGAUUGAUAUUGUUGAUACACAACGUGCAAAACAGGCGAUAGAACGCUUCACCAACUACCUCCAGCAUCCACACACCCCUGUCCCAGGCACAAGGCCGCACCAUCUGACCUUCCGCUCCCUCCUGCUCAUUCCAUCAAACACCUACCCCUCCGCGCCAAUCGCCGCCUUAUUCCCCGCCACGCUCUCCGACCUACUCAACACACGCCUCCUCACACCCAUCUUAACACUGCAAACAUUCCUCCCGCUCCUACAAUCCCUCCCACUCUCUCACCCUCACCACACCUCCACCUCCACCUCCACUUCAACCUCCAGCCUGGCAGCCACCAAACCAUCAGUUCUAGUCCUAACACCCAAUAUAAUACCCAGCCUAAACCCCGCCUUCCACCUCCCCGAAUCCUCUAUAACCGCCGCGCUAACCUCCUUCACGCAGACCCUCGGCGCCGAACUCUCACCCCUAAGUAUCCCAGUCACGCACCUCCAACUCGGGACCUUCGACUUCUCCUCCUUCGCCCCCCACGCUCACUCCCGGCACGCGACGAGUCCGCUCGCCCAAACUCUUAGCUGGGACGACGCCGCUCGCGCAGCCUAUGCGCAGGAUUUUACGAAUGCGGGAUCUGCUGGGCUGGGCAGGAGCGGGAAGGGGAGUAGUUUGCGGGUCCUGAACGAUGCGGUGUUUGACGCUAUGGUGAGUGGUAGCGGUGGCGUGAGGCGCGUUGGCAUGGGGAGUUCGCUGUAUGGGUUUGUGGGGACUUGGGUGCCGCGGGGAUUGGUGGGGUGGAUGACGAGUGUUAGAGGCAGAGGGACGGGCGUAAGGGAGAGUGGGGCCGGGAUUGUGAGGAAGGUGAUUGAGGAGAAGGGGAAGGGGUUGGAAGAGAGUGAGUAUAUCAGUGUUCAUAACGAGGAGGGACAGUAUGUGGGUGGGGAUAAGGGCGUUGACGAGGUGUCGAAUGAAUGA